GGCGCUCUGCCGCUCCAUCCUCACUGGCGGAGUGAGAAGAAACAGAUAAACCAGCUGCUGACUUUACACGGACAGUACUGAACUUUUCACGGAACCGCGCGGUGUCUUUUUGGACCGCUCUCGUUCUGCCCUCACCAUGGCAUCGCCUCACACUGUCGCGUCUUUACAAAACCGCUUUUUAAAACGCCUGAGGGACGGAAGUGAGGAAUAAGAGGGAAGUCGCAGUUGGAGAUAAUUAAACCCACAAUAUAUUUAUAAAAAGCGAUUUUCUUUGAUCAAGUUCAAGUUGAAUCGUCAUUGUUGUUGAUUUUCCUGGAGGAAAGUUGGUCUUAAAAGUGUGGGAUCAUGGACGCGCAUGUUAAAGAGGGACAGCUCUACGUGCAGCACCAAAAGUUUGGGAAGAAAUGGAAGAAAAACUGGUUCGUCCUCUACCCUGCCAGCCAAAACGGCAUCGCCCGCCUCGAGUUCUUCGACUCUCCCUCGGGUGGAGGAGGGUCCGCCGGGAGCUUGGUUAGCGGCUCCAACGAGAAAACCAGGAAGCUGGACAAGAAGAUCAUCCGACUGUCGGAGUGCAUCUCCAUUCUGCCUGCCCUGACCGAGAGCUGCCCCAAAGACAACAUGGCGGCUUUCUGCGUGGAAACAAAUGACAAGACGCAUGUGUUUGCGGCAGAGAAGAACAACGCGAAGGACUGGAUGGACACCAUGUGUGACAUUGCUUUUCAGGGGGGGACCGGCAGCAGCCUGACGGACAGUAAUGGAGGACCCCAGGACCUGCAGAUGUCUGAGAACCUCAUCUACUACUCCAGGGAGGAGGUGAAUGAGUUCUGGGUGACAGUUCAACGCACCGAGGCGUCUGAACGUUGCGGGCUCGCAGGAAGCUACUGGCUGAAAGCAGAAAACGAAGCGCUGAUUAUAAAGGAGCCCAAGACAAAAAGGAACAUCCUGGUGUGGCCCUACAAGCUCCUGAGAAGAUACGGCAGGGACCGGGUGAUGUUUUCUUUUGAAGCGGGACGCCGCUGCGAUUCCGGCCCUGGCAACUUUACCUUCGAGACAAAACAAGGCAAUGAGAUCUUCACACUGGUUGACUUGGCCAUCCAGUCUCAGAAGGCCCACGCCGAGGAGCGCCACCUCAGCGGACCUCAAAGCUUAGACCCCGACUGCCCGUUGUCCCUCCAGUACAUUCGGAGCGGCGUUCCCGGCUGCGGCAUGGCGGCGGGAAGCGGGGACAGCAGUAGCUGCAGCAGUCGGGAAGCGGACGGCGAUUCCGGCGGCAGCAAGCCGGGCUCGGCUGACGGAGUGCUUGGGAAGAGGGAGGGCGGAGACGGAGUCGGAAGAGGGCAGGGAGGACACAAAGGGAGGAGCUUACCAGAACCCCCAGCUCCCAGAGGACUGGCAGGGAAAGCUGUAGCCCCGCUGGAUGAACAGACAAGUCUUUAUUCUGAGCCAGCCGACUCAGUGCGACUGCUUGUUCCCAGUUGUGACGGCCUUUACUCAGACCCAGUGGACACCAUCAAAGGUCAGAACCAAACCUCGCCUCCGGUGCCAACGCCACGCCUUCGACCUGUGGGUGACGACUCCUGCGGAGGAGAUCAUCACCACACGGGAAGCAACCAAAAGAAAGUUCCCGACCUGUAUUCGCAUUUCUACGACCAGAUUGGCGUGGACCUGAGCCAGAAGACGGGCGCACUGAGUCUGAACGGGUCGGCUGGAGGAGGAAGAGGAGCCAGAAAGGGGGUGAUUGGCAGCAAAAGACCCCCAGGAGGUCAUGGGGAAGGGGCUUCACCCCCUCCUGCGCCCUCUGCGGACCACAUAUAUGACGAACCAGAAGGCUGCGCCAAAGGAAGCAGCAGGCUUCCCGUAAGCCUUGGGAUGACUGUUUAUGACGAGGCCCGGUUGGAGCCUCAGAGGCAACAGGAAGAGGUCGGGCCUCCAUCAGGACUGGACGUCACUUACAGCAUCGGCUCCCACGGGAAGCCGACGGAGCUGCAGAAACACUCUCCAAAGCUGCUGGGCCUAAGUCGCGGAAUGCCGCAACCUCCGACGCCAAAGUUUCCCAAACCUGCCACCGCUCCAAAGCCCAACAAGAGCGCUUUCGCUCGGAAGGAGCCAGUGCCUCUUCCCGCUGGGAAACACGCUGUUUCCAGUAGCAACGUAAACAACAACAACAACAUGUGGAGCUCCAGAGGAGGCGGGAAGGAGCUGUACAGUAGAGUGUCGAAACAGAAGCCUCCUCCAUCCGUUGUGUGGUGUAAUAAGAACCACCAGGCCCCGCUCAGGGCACCUGACAUAAUUUAUGACAACUUGGGAGACAUUUGACCGCUGCUGUAAAACGCGGACCAAAAACAAAUCUUUACUUACUCUCUCUCGCUGAAAAACGGAGAGAAGCUUCGGAGUAGAACGCUGGGCGUCUGCCUCGGGAUUUUCUCGUUUCACAUUCGUUCCGUCCACGCGGACUGCAACAAUUAUCUGAGACGGUCAGCUGGUUCGGAGGAGAUUAGCUCACAACUAUGAGAAAACCACAUUACGGGCGCAAUUUGAAAUGUGGAUUGCAGUGAUCGCUGGGCCACCCUGUGUGCGUGUCAUAGAGCGGGAGAGUGUUUGCAUGGGCAAAGCCAUAAUUGGCAUACCAAGCCACAGUGCGGCCAGAGCCAGCCACUUUACUGGAACACACACACACACACUCACGCACACAACCCAAAUGGAUUUGUCUUCACUUUAACAAGCUGAGAGAAGGAAAGCGGCCUGGUUCCUCUUUUCCUACAAACUCCUGCUGUGCUUAUGGAAAAGACAGACAUAUUUUUGCACUGCGUCUCUUCUGUGUUUAAUGUGAAAUAGAAUGUGAUGGUCAGGAGUCGAUCUUUGACUUCAACAAUAGGAAAGCUCUUUAUUAUUUUUUUCUGGACUCCCCCAAUGAAACGGGGGGAAUAAAAACAGGACGGCUUCGGGCUUUGGAAACACAAAAUGGGUCAGAAUCUCUCUGCAUGUUUUGUUGGUUGGAUUUUAAGCCUGAACCCAGUAAUGGAAAACAAAACAAAAAACAAUUGGGUUAUAAUAUAAAGUAUUAAAUAGAAUUGCACGCAUUUGAAACCAUAUUUAAAAUGAUAAAAACUUAAAAUCAUUGAGAAGAGUUGACCACUGCCUCGCUUUCUUAUAUUUUGAAAUUUUGACAUCAUUGCCCAUAUAUGGUAUUUUUGAGUGUUUUCAACAUCAGCAAUACAUUUAUUUAUUCUUCUUUUUGACUAUCCUUUGUCUAAAUGUUAAAGAAUGUGUUUAUUCUAUACACUCUUGUUUAUCUGCAUUUGCUUCAUUUUUGGAAAACAAUCAGGGAAAUUUCAGAAUUUUAAAUGUGUGUUUUCAUAUUAAUAGUGGUAAAUAACAAAAAUAACCAGCAAAAAAUGAAUCCCCUCCACACCAUGGGCUCGAGAAGUAUAUGAUUUACAUUAAUGAUGCACGUGUAAAGUAACGGGCAGUGUUUGCCACAUGCACUAAAAUGUUUUUAAAAUAUGUAUCACAGUCCGAACCCAUGAAAACAUUCGGUGUGAGUUUAACUUACCUUCAUUUACAAACAUUUAAGGACCACCACAGUUAAAAUCCAUGAAUACUUCAGAUUCCCUCAAAAAAUACCAAAUUUAGUUGUUCAAACACCAAAUAUGCCUUAAUAUGUUUCAAGUGGAAACCAUCUUAUUACUACCGCAGAAUCUUCCUUAUUUACGCUCUUUAAGCAACAACCAAUCAGCAUGAAGGAAAAUGACUGAAGCUUUUUUUAUUGGCUGCUUUUGAAUGCCAGCCAAUAGCGUGUCAAGUAGCAUUGAGUCUGAGUAUUUCAGCUUCCCAGCUGCAUUUUUCCCCCCAUAUUUUAAGAAAAUAAAUCUACAAAUGGACGCGUUUUCGGUGAGUAAAUUUGAGUCACCUUUCACAAAAAAUCUGCAAAUACUGAACCGUGAAUCAUCAGUGGUGUAGAGAGGAAAAAUGUAACAUUUUUAAUAUAUUAUCAAUAUUAAACACAUGAAAUUAUGGGUAAAAAGAAACAAUAAAUUGGCCUGUUUUUCAUAUUCUGACACUCUCCAUCUAGUAAAGCAUGUGCAUCACUCAGUGACGUCACUCGCCAUAUAGGGAAGACGUUUGUUUUCAUUUAUUUAUUUUUCCCAACAAGUUCAUGAAGCAAUAAUAAUAAUAAUAAAAAAAUGCUACAAAAGUAUUUUUAAAAAAGAAAUUUUAUUGUCCAGAUUUUAUAUUUUUGUGUCCAUCUGAAUUUUUAUUUUACAAAUUAAAAUAUACAGAACAGAAAAUGCACUGUCUUGAAAUAUAUGUGUACAAAUUUUACUAUUUUAAAACAUGGGAAAAAAAAACAUUAUAUAUUUUUAUACUAUAAAAAUCUAAACAGAAUAAAAUUUUUGCUUGCCUCAAAUUUUAAUCUAAUAUUUUUUCUAUUUAGUAAAAUAUGAAAUAUCCACUUGUUUUUUUUAAUGGUGAGAUAAUCCAAUUACCAAAACAUGCAUGGACCCAAGAGCAACUUUCUGCACAAGAAUCCUGAAUGUGUCUGUCGAUAGAUUAGAUGAACUAAAUAUGAAACUAAUCAAUGUGUCGGUCUGUGUGUAAACGUGUCACAAACAGCUGUGCUGUCUGGAAAUGUAUCUGAUAAUAAAAGUGUCUCUAAACGUUAUUUUUCUCUAAACUGAGUCAUUAAACUGUUCAUAAUUUCUUC